UAUCGAAGUCAAAAUAUUGGUCGACUUGCAUUGCUAAAUGCGGAAAUUAUGGCCGGUCAUGCUUCUAAAUCUGGAAUUUAUGAAAACAGCUGUAAUUGGCUAGAUAUAAAAACUACGGAUAAUAAUAAUUUUAUUAAAGCCACGAUGUACCACUCAAUUGAAUAUAUCUUAGAACUUCUUGCAAUUGCUGGUGUGCAAGAAGCAUAUCUGUUUUGUAGAGAACACUUUGAAAUAAUAAAAGAUUAUAUUAAAAAGUUAAAAUGGAGUCGUUCAUAUUCUCCAAUAAAAAUAAUUACCAUUGUAACACCUGAAGCGCGUUCAUCAAAGAAGCAAGUCCAUUUAAUAGGACAAGAUGGGAAAACUAAUGAAUGCGUUCAUUGUGAAACCGUGGAACUCUAUCCGCGUAAACAUCGCAUGGUUAUGGAUAUGGAAAUUGAUAUUUGUUCAGUAGAGCUUUAUUCACCGAGAAUUUUUGAUAAUCAAGAGAUUCGAAAGGAUUUUGUUUAUGGUAUUUUAACAUCUGAUUUAUUGAGGAAACCCAUUUAUUGCCAUCUUGUUACCCACUGCAAUAGAGAUAAUCAUGCAUGGCUGGUUAAAAUGCUAAGAGAAGUUCAUUUAUUGGGUAUUAUCCAUCGAGAUUUAAAACCUUCUAAUUUACCAUUACAAUAUGAUAACUCGGAAGAUUCGACUGUAAUACCAAGAGUAUUGAUAUCGGAUUUUGGUGAAUGUGAAAUUUUAGACCAACUCUCCGAACGUGAUAGACCUGGUGCUACUGGAACACUAGAAAUUAUGGCACCAGAACUAUUAACCGUUGAUGAAAGAGGUCGUUAUUUUAAAGAAUAUUAUCAAAAAUCAGAUAUGUGGUUACUUGGAAUGGUACUUUAUUAUUUAUGUUACUCAAGACCAAUAUUAUCAAAUUGA